GGCACUCGAACCCUGGAGGGAAAUGUCGUAGCGAGCAGAGCUGCAGCGCCGGAGCGCGACCCUUCAGAGAGGGGGCGGGCAGAGCCAAGCUCUUCGUCGGGCUGCACCGGUCCUGAGUAAGGGCGAGCCUUGCUUCACAGUGGGAAGGACUGCUGCCAGCUGUGCACCCCCGGGGCGGGACAGAGCAUCCCACCCAAGGAGUGCGGCAAGGAAAGGAGGCAAAACGGGGGCCCCCUCCCCGUUUCUCUUUGCGAAUGUUCCUAUGUCAACAGCACAGAGGCCACUGUAUUCACUGGUUCUGCUGAGUUCCAGAAUUAAAAAUUACAAAGCAAUCCAACACAUUUUCAUCCAGGAGUAUAAAUCAAGAUUGAAUUUCUAAGUCUGGGGCAUCUUCUCUGAUUUUUAUUCUCUGUUCUUGUACACAAGAUGUCAAAAAACACGACAGAGAACUCAAAUUACACUCACUCAGCUCUUCUAGGUUUUCUCCUGGCUAGCAUUUCACUGAUCACUGUUGUCAUGAAUAUAUUAGUAUUAUGUGCUGUGAAAACUGAAAAGAAGCUGCAAACAGUUGGCAAUUUAUACAUUGUUAGCCUCUCUAUUGCAGAUCUUAUAGUUGGUGCAGCUGUUAUGCCCCUUAAUAUUGUUUAUCUCCUAAACCGUGUGUGGACUCUAGGCUUAACAGCAUGUUUGUUCUGGCUGUCAAUGGAUUAUGUGGCCAGUACUGCAUCUAUUUUCAGUCUCUUCAUAUUAUGCUUAGACCGUUAUCGUUCAGUUCAACAACCACUGAAAUAUCUCCAAUAUAGAACAAAAAUGAGAGCAUCACUGGUGAUUUUGGGAGCUUGGUUGCUCUCUUCCUUAUGGGUCAUCCCAAUCCUAUGGUGGCAUGAUUCUGCUAAUGAUGAGAAAAGGAAAGGAAAGGCAAACUGUGACACUCAAUUCUCUCAUGUCACUUGGUUCAAAGUGUUGACAGCCAUUGUCAAUUUCUAUCUGCCCUCUAUCAUAAUGUUAUGGCUCUACUGUAAAAUAUUCAGAGCUGUUCGAAAACACUGCCAGCAGCGAGAAGUCGUCACUGGAUCAUACUGCUCUUUCUCUGAAAACAAAAAUGUAAUUCAUGGUAAGACAAAGGACAAGCAAAAUAUUUGCCUCCAAAAGCAAAUCUUACAUGAAAACACAUCUCAUAAAGACAAGCAAAUGUCCUCUGAGCACAAAAGUACGGCAGCAAAAUAUCAUUUCAGUAAUUCUGACAAGUCUUCAAAGGCUUUUGUUAGCAGCAGUAACAGCAAAGCCUUUCAAUGUAGUUGCUUGCCUCUCACCACUGCCCAGUCUGAGCCAGAUCUGGAGAAAGCAGGAAAGAAGUGUGUGUGUGUAAAAAAGGACAAUAAAAAUGAAGAGGACCCUCACUCACAGGACAGUGACUUAAGUGCUACAUCAGACAGUGAUACUUUCACAGAGAACGUACCUUCUGGAGAGCAAUCCAAUCCUAAUCCUGAUAGAGCCUGCAGUCCUCAGGAAAAUAAAGAGAACAGGGAUUUCAGAGGACUGAGUUACCUGAGGAAAACCUGGCAAACCCUGCAUACUCAUUCCAAAAGUCGUCUUCGAAGACAGCAUGUGAGCAGGGAGUGGAAAGCAGCUAAGCAGUUAGGGGUCAUAAUGGCAGCCUUUAUGCUGUGCUGGAUUCCCUAUUUUGUGUUAUACAUGGUAACUGUUUUCCAACACCGUGAACAAUUUUACACAUUACAUAUGUUCACUAUAUGGCUUGGCUAUGUGAAUUCCACCUUAAAUCCAUUCCUGUAUCCUCUUUGUAAUGAGAAUUUCAAGAAGACAUUCAAAAAGAUCCUUCACAUUCAGUAAUAUCAGACUGGCUUUUUUUCUGAGCUAAAAAGCAGCACGUAAAAUCAAUCAAAUGAAAUGUUCCAAUUUCAAAGGCAAAUAUGGAUAAAUUAGAAGGCUUUGGAAAACUACGUUAUAAACUUGUGGUUAGUAAAAGUGGGAUAUAUGCAUGUAACAGCUUCAACAUGUUUGAAGAACUAAUUCUUAUCAGGAAUCUGAAAAGCUCAGUAGCCAGUCUCAGAACUGUUACACUAUUGUAAAUAUUUUACGAUUUGAGAUUCUCUCUUUCAUCAUAUAGAACAAAACUGAAUGUACGAAAAGAGAUAAUCAGGGAUUAUAAGUUAUUCAGCUACAGAAAAGGCAGAAAGAGAAUACUUUUCUGUGACCGGUCAAAUAUUUCUUUUCUCCUUUAACUUACUGCUUUAAGCAGGGAACACACUGCUAGGGGAGAGAGAUCUUCUGCAGAAAGAGGUACUUUGCAUAGUUAAAAAAGAAGCUUCUACUGAAAAAAGCUACCCCGUUUAUUUAUAGCUUUCUCCAAACCAUACACUUCUUUGAAAGUCAUAUUUUAACCACAGUAUCUAGUUAAUAUAAUGUUUGCUUCAUUUAUACCAGUACAUUCUAACUUCACUGAAAAAAGUAGUAUUAUUAUGUCCUACACAUCUUGCUAAGACAUUCUGAACUCAAGAUAGUAUCAAGAAGCGUAAGCUGUUGUCUCCGAACUUAGAGAGUGUAGCUGAUUAUGGCCUAUAUGUAUUUUUAUUCUUUCUAUGACUUGGCAAAUAGCCUACGCAUGCAGCAGCAAUGCUAAUGCUUAUCUUUAUGACAGGCAAACUCUUCUCGCUACAGUGAGACAAUGUCCUAAGCAAUAACUCAAGCUUGCAAAAUAGGAAAUAAAAUACAUGAAGUAUUUUUACAUUUCCUGUCCCUUACUUACAUAAGUCGUGCUGUAAACACCAUUAAAUAUUUUAGAAGAAACAGAAUGAUAGAAUACUUAAGGUUGGAAGGGGUAUCUAGAAGCCACUUAAAUACAGCUGUGCUUUUACAGUAUUCUCAGGGCCUUAUCCAGAAUUUCAACAAUAUACAUAUGUUAAAAGGGCUUCCUUUGAAAAAGCUAAAAGGCAGCUUUGACAGAGAGGUUUGCAGGUAAGUUUCACCCUAGCAGCUCAAGUCAUUCCCUUGUUAAACCAUCCAUUUAACUGUUUCUAAGUAUGAACAGUGCAGUGAGAUAAACCUUACUUACCAAUCAAAGGAAGAAAACAUAGUUCCUUAGCAAAAGAGUGCAUAGUCACCUACAUUACAUGAGCCAACUUAUUAGGAAGCUGAUGAUUUAACAGAACAGUUACAGCAUAAACCAAACUCUGCAGAUUGGGAAGGAAGAUGGAGAAUUGAGGCCAAGGAAAUCUCUGGUCCUGUAUGAUCCAAAUAUGUCAAGACUGUACAUCUGUGGUACACAAGUAAAACAUUCAUUUCUAUACUGUGAUGGAACUAAGCAAAAGAAACAUUUUGAGCGAACACUAAAUCUGACCUCUGGGGCAGAAUUACUAUGGGACUACCGUUACACUGUCAGUUUUAAGAAGACCAGAACCAGAUAACUUCGCCUCCUGCAGCGGGCCUGCUUUGCAGGGGGGCUGGACUCGAUGAUCUCUUGAGGUCCCUUCCAGCCCCUACAACUCUAUGAUUCUGAGACUCUGUGACACCUUCAGCAGCAGAUGUCAUAUUUGUAUAUAAUGGUGAAUUGCAUUUAAUGGUGAAUUUUCCACACAUUUCAGGAAGGGUGACUAGAGAGGCAUCCUGAAAGUUCAGUGUCAAAAGAAUAUAUUAUCACUGUCAUUUUGCUAUGCUUAUGAAUUUACCACUUUUAGAAUGUUUGCUUGCUUCUGAAAUAGCUGUUAGUUAGCUUAACAACAAAGGUCUGACGGAACUGGAGCUGUUUUAACAGUGCUCUCAUGAGUUUGGUGCAAAAAGUUAAAUGGAUGUUCUGUGUAUUAUCUUUAUUAUAUCAGAAGACAAAAAUUGUAACAGUUGCAGGAGUAAUUCUCAAUUCUAUGUUCUUACUGAUCUUGAGCUACUUAGAGUCUUUCUGUGCCACACAUGCCUAUUUUGUAAGUGAGCAUGACGAGACUUAGAAGAACAAUUAAACACUUAAGACAUUUGCAUCAUGCUUAUAAUUUUUUGAUACAGUACACUAAAUAAAUGCAAAGUAUUAUUAUUC